AGAAGGCGGGAUUAGAUAUUCUCACUCUUCUUGAAUGGAGAACACUAUGAUAAACAGCAUUUUUCUUUUUCUUUUUUGCGGCAAAUUAUAUAUGUGCCUGAAUAAAAAAUGGAGAAAUGAAUUUGAUAUAGUAGAACUGAGGACGCAGCGUUGGUAGAAAGCACCAAUUCUCGAGAGCUAGCAUUAGAUAUUUAAUGAUGGUGCUUCCUCAGCGCAUCACAUGUUCGAUGAAAUGCCUCACCAUUCAUUUUCCCUAAAUCCAACUUAACUUGGCUUUCCUCAAGCUCAAAGAAAUGGCGAUUUCUUUUGUCUGGGCUCCGAAUGCCUUGGUCAUGCUCAUGCUUCUUCAUCUUUUCUUUCUCUCCAAUACAAGUGUGCGCGGCCUUUUCUAUUACGAGGCUAUUGGAAUUAUCAAUAUUGGGAUUUUUAAUGGAAAUUGGAAAUGCUUGUUUUCUCUAUUAGGCUAUGUAUCCAGAGGUGAUGGAACUAUUUGAGAGUGUUGGAGUUGAUACUGAGGUCUCUGACAUUUCAUACUCUGUGAGCUUGGAUCAAGGCCAAGGUUAUGAAUGGGGCACUCGAAAUGGACUCUCAAGUUUGUUUGCACAAAAGAAGAAUGCCCUGAAUCCAUGGUUUUGGAAAAUGAUUAGGGAAAUCAUUAAGUUCAGAGACGACGCCUCUCUUUAUGUUGAAGAGCUCGAUAACAAUCCAGAUAUUGACCGGAAUGAAACACUGGGGACCUUCGUCCAAUCCCGUGGUUACUCUGAGUUAUUUCAGAAAGCUUUUCUUAUUCCAAUUUGUGCUUCUAUUUGGUCAUGCUCUUCAGCAGUGAUGACCUUCUCUGCCUAUUUAACACUUUCGAUCUUGCGUAAUCACGACAUUCUGGAGCUUCUUGGCCUCACUAAACGGUUUACACCGAAAUGGCUUUCACAAAGUUAUGUCAAUGGGAUCAAGAAAGAGCUGGAAAGUAGAGGAUGUCAAGUGAAAACCGAUUCUGAAAUAUGUUCAGUUUUUACCAAUGACAUGGGUUCAGGUUGUACUAUUACAUGUAAAGAUGGCUUGGAAGAAGCAUAUGAUAAGUGCAUAAUUGCUGCACAUGCUCCAGAUGCUCUAAAGAUCCUAGGAACGCAGGCGACAUAUGAUGAAUUAAGAAUACUUGGUGCUUUUCAAUAUUCCUACAGUGAUAUUUUCCUUCAUCAUGACGACAAUCAAAUGCCAAAAAUCCGAGGGGCAUGGGGCUCAAGGAAUUUUCUUGGAACUACCAAUGACAAAGCUUGUAUAACAUAUUGGCUCAACAACGUUCAGAAAAUAAAAGAACACGACGUUUCAUAUCUCGUGAUUUUAAAUCCACUUCGUACACCUAAACAUACAUUGUAUAGGUCAUCAACUAGCCACCCUAUACCGUCAGUUGCUGCAUCCAGAGCUUCGUCUGAGCUCAAUGUUAUCCAAGGAAAGAGGGGACUAUGGUUCUGUGGAGCAUAUCAAGGCUAUGGCUUCCCUGAGGAUGGAGUAAAGGCAGGCAUACUUGCUGCAAGUGGCAUGCUUAGAAGACAUUAUACUUUUUCAAACAACCCCAAAUGCAUGGUUCCAUCCUGGUUUGAAACUGGGGCUUUUGUUUUCGUUACGAGGUUUCUCCAGCGAUUUAUUGCUACUGGAUGUCUAAUUCUUCUGGAAGAAGGUGGUAAAAUCUUCACCUUUGAAGGUACAAGAAAAAAGAGCAAUUUAAAAGUUACUUUGAGAGUUCACAAACCCCAGUUCUAUUGGAAGGUCGCAAUGGAGGAUGAUUUAGGAUUUGCUGAUGCCUACAUUAAUGGUGACAUUUCUUUUGUUGAUGCAAAUGAAGGCCUUCUCAACUUUUUUCUGUUGAUUAUAGCAAAUACAGCGAUGAACGCUGAUAUCGCUAGGGGAUGGUUUCCAAAGUUGUUUUAUGCAUCUAUAAUAGGAAUGGCAAGAAAUUUCUUCAAGCUUGUUUCCAGAAAGAACUCACUAUCUCAGGCACGCCGUAACGUCUCGAUGCAUUAUGACCUAAGCAAUGAAUUGUUUUCUCUAUUCUUGGAUGAGACAAUGACGUACUCUUGUGCAAUGUUUCGGAAUCCAGGUGAAGACUUGAUGAAUGCACAGCUUCGGAAAGUCCAUACUUUGAUUGAAAAGGCAAGAAUUAAUAAAGAUCAUCACAUUCUAGAGAUUGGAUGUGGUUGGGGAGGUUUCGCAUUUGAAGUAGUAAAAAACACAGGAUGCAAAUAUACCGGCAUUACAUUGUCAGAAAAGCAGCUGCAAUACGUAGAACUGAAAGUAAAAGAAGCAGGUCUACAGGAUCAAAUUGAAAUUCUUCUUUGCGACUACCGCCAAUUGCCUAGCAACUAUAGAUAUGACAGGAUAGUAUCAUGUGAGAUGAUAGAACAAGUCGGGCAUGAAUAUAUGGAUGAAUUUUUCAAAUGCUGUGAAUAUUCAUUAGCUGAAAAUGGUAUUCUUGUUCUUCAGUUAUUAGCAAUAGCUGACGAGAAAUAUGAUGAGGCGAGGCUCAGCAAUGAUUUUGCCAAGGAAUACAUAUUUCAUGGUGGAUGUCUGCCUUCACUUAACCGAGUAAUAUCUGCAAUGGCCGCUGCGUCCAGGCUUAGUGUGGUGCACCUAGAAGAAAUAGGAUGUCAUUACUUUCACACCCUUAGAUGUUGGCGACAGAACUUCCUCCAAAACCAAAGUCAUAUUAUGGCUCUCGGAUUUGAUGAGAAGUUCAUAAGGACCUGGGAAUACUAUUAUGACUUUUUUGCUGCUGGAUUCAAAUAUUGUGUUUUCGGAGAUUAUCAGAUUGUAUUCAGUCGACCUGGUGAUGUUGCUGCAUUUGGGAGUGUUCCAUACAACCCUCUCCCUUCUACCAAAUGAUUUCUUAUCUUGUAUAUCUGCUCUAUGUUAGUUGAAAUAAUUAAGGCUUGAUGUUUUAGUCUCUAAAUUGAUACUACAAAUAACUUAUGUGUGACAUUAACAUAUAGCAGAAUGAAUGUGUGUUGCAAGUGCAACCUCCCAUUUAGAAUA